GUGAUCGGGAAAACGUAAAAUAAAAUAAAUAUUGUCAUCGAGGAUGGUAGCAAAACAACGCGUUUAAAUGAUGUACGAUGAAUCCAGUUCAACCAAAACAUAGACAAACGUCUCAACGAUAUCUGGGAAUAACUAGACGUAGCUUACCAAGUCCGUAACUGUUAUCUGAUCAAUUGAAUCAUCAAAUAAGAGCAUCCCAUUUCGACAUUGAAUAUUAAAAUGGUUGACAGCGCCAACAAAACAGGGAACGCGGCCAAUAAGGGCAGUGCUGCAGCGUUCGAGUUUAUGUACUCUCCGACCAGAGCUAAGCUGUUGUAUUGGAAACACGCUGAUCUCGAUAGUAAAUGUGAACGGCAGAAACAAAUUCUUGACUGGGAGAUGAACACAGUGGUUAAAGGUUUGGAUACAAGUAGAACCAUAAUGGUGAGAAGGAAAGAUCGGUUAGAUGAACGACUCGAUGCAAUAUUCCAGGAGAAAGUAUUGAGACAGGUCCUGGCUUUGAAUAAAGAUGGGAAGACAAAGCAAAAGAACCUUUAUAGACCGAACACAACACAACUUGAAACUUCUGGACCUCAUGAAGUCCAGUCACCAAUCAGUUCACAAGAACCCCUGGAAACCAAUGAAACUGAUGAAGGAACCGAUGUUAACGAAGGCCCUGAUGUAUUGAGUAUUGUUAAGAAAAAUAACUUGCCUGAUUUGAACACAAAUACACUUGAACAACCCCUUCCUAAAUCUGCCCCAAGUCGGAAAUCAGCCAUUAGUCAAAGAUCCCCCACAAGUCGGCAAACUCCUGCACGUAAAAAAUCGGUGACUCUACAGGACGAAUAUGAACAAGACAUGCGGAAGAAUGACAGACAAUCGAUCGAAGUAGUCAAUCUUGAUAAUACAUUAAUCACGAAAACGGUUCCGAUUAAACACACUGAACAUGGGGAACGAGACAGUUAUCCGCCCAGCGAUUCAAAAUUUAAACCAAGACCACAUACAGUCCCUGAUAGGCUUACGCAACUAAGCAAACGUGACGAAGACCUCGAGUCAAGGGUAAAAGGAUUUAUUGAAAGAGUCAACCAAUUCAAAAAGGAAGAAGAUCCUUUGGAAGCCAUGCUCCGAAAACAGGGGGGCAAUUACAACGGUUACAACGGACAAGAUUUCUCAAAGCAAAAUACUACAAUCGAAGGCAAAUUAUCAAACAAAGGUCGACCAACAAGUAGAACACGUAGAUCACAGUCGUUACAAGAAACUUCUGGAAAAAAAUUACCGCUGAUGGAGCUACCGUCGCUUUAUAGUACUAAAACCCCUGGCAGGAGAAAGACCAUGUGUCAGGUUGAUGAUAUUCAGCUCCGCGAAGCAUGGGAAAAAUUUUCAUUGAACGCUGAUUUAGAAAGCAGACAAAAGAUGGCAGCUCUUACAGCAAAAUUAAAAUUUAAAGCACAAAAAGAGCGUGAUAAGUCAAUGGUGCCAUCUAUUGGAGCCCUAAGAGCGUCAAAACUAUGGAAAGCCAAAGCAGAAGAAGCAAUCAAAAAGCGACAAGAAGAUCGGCAGAAAAUGUUGGAUUUUCGGGAUCCCGAAGCGAACAUAAAACAGCUUAAGGGGAUGUUAAGAGCAAAAAAUAAUUUUAAAAAAUCUAAAGAUGAUACGGGAAUGAGUCGUAAUACUGAAACUAAAGAUGAUGCCAUAGAACAAGAAACGUCAAGUAAAGAACCUCUUCAAGAGGCAGUUAAAGUGGACAAUGGAUCUCAUUUGAUAGACAUUGCUUUGAUACAAUUGCAAAAACCAAAUGCAAUUGUUAUGAAACACGACAAGGACCCGCAAAAUGUUGCGGAGUGAUACAUGACGAAUAUGAAUAAUGAAUUGCCAGUGAAGAACUAUCAUUAAUAUACCUUCCUGUGCUCUAUGUUGUCGAACUCGACCUUCCUAGAACAAAGGGGAUGCACUUUAGUUGGAAAAGGUCCGUUCUUCAGUCUCAAAUAUGCAUCAGGAUGAGGAUGAAUUUCGUAAAGAAAAACAAAUCUCACCUUGCUUGCUAAUUAUAAGUGAAACUGGAAACUGUAAUUCAAUUAUUGAACAGCCGGUCAAUUGUUAAAAAUCUUAAUUUGAUUUUGUAAAAGUUCGUUCGUUCGUUAAUUUUAUUAAUAUAAUAGUAUGAUCAAUCAAUUUAAAUCCAUACAGUAUUAUCCAAUCGGCAAUGCUUUGUAGAUUUCAAAAGUCGAGACAUCCCAUGACAAUCUGGAAAAACAAAAGAAACAUCGUUUCAUUGUAUCGCAUUGUAUGCUACAUUGACCGAUCGGAAUACGACAAAUUCAUGAGAUUCUGGCAAUGAUCGAUAACGAUAUGCAUACCUCUUGCCCCACGGUCGCUCUAUUGAGUCCUACAGUAGAAGCAAUGACAGUCGAGAUCAUGGUUGUGCUCGUGGACGCAUUUCUGACCUUCAGCGCACUCUGUGUCAUUUAAACAAUUCUGCCCCGCAGUGCAAUCACGUUCAUUACAGUAGCCAUCUUGACGUUUACUGAAAUAUACACUUUAUGGGUCGGGUUCAACUCAAAAAUUCCAUGGUUUGUUUGUUUGUUUGUGUCUUUUGUCUUUAUUUCC